ACUCAAGCCCUAAGUUUGAGUAAUUACGAACCUCCAUGGCCAACUCCUGUUCUCUGCUCACUUCUCUCACUUCUCUCUCCUCACCUCCCGCCCCCGCCUUCCUCUCUCGCCACCGCCCCGGCACAGUUACCGUCCCCCGACCAUCUUCCCUCAAAGUCUUCUUCCCCUCCGCCGGUGAUUUCAGGCCGGAGCUCGACGAGAACCCGGAAGCCAUCAUUUCCGGCGAGUGGACUCAGAACUUCUCCCUGCUCAGCUACGAUGAUCUCCUCGCCUACCUCCGAUCCCAACCACCCCCCAGCAAGAAUUCGCAGCAUGUGGGAUCGAAGACUCUGCUUCGAGACAUGAUGUCGAAGGGGAUAAGGACGGCGAGAGCAGAGCAGAGCUUGGGGGAGAUCGCCGGCUGUUUUGAGUUUGUGUCCGGACUUCCGGUGGUCGACGAUGAUCUCCGCUGCGUUGGAGUUGUGUGUAAGAAUGACCUAGCGAGAGCUAAUCAUGAGUUGAACUCAAAGGUGGCAGAUAUAAUGUCCUCGCCGGCAAUCACACUUACGCCUGAGAAGACGGUGAAGGAUGCUGCGGCGCUAAUGCUGAGGAUGAAGAUUCACAGGAUACCUAUACUGAACCGACAAGAACAGGUCAUAGGUAUGGUAACUCGCGGUGACAUAUCCCAGGCCCUACAGGGUCUCUCUUCCCCUUAGCCUCGCCCACUCUCUUCCAUCUUCGCUUCUCUGCUGUAAAGAUGUAUAAAGACUAGUACUGUUCUGUAUACUUUUCAUGAAUGAAAUAAUAUACUUUUGUAAUAUAUAGUAUUUUAAAUGAAUUUUCUGUAACCAGAAUGACAUCUUUGCAGGUAUGUUGAUUCAGUUAUUCAACGCAAUGAACAAUGUGUGUAUAUAUAUGUAUGCUUUACAUACAUAUCAGACAAUUCUUAUCCAAUUGCAUAUCUAACACCCAAAAUUGAAUAUU